AUGUCAGCCAAAAUAGAAACUAUAUUUUCAGGUCCCGCUUUGAGAGUGAAUGAAGCUUUGGAUCACUUGCCAAAGAUCUACAAUGUUUAUUUCAUCGCCAGUAUUUCCACCAUUGCUGGUAUGAUGUUUGGUUUUGAUAUUUCAUCAAUGUCGGCAUUUAUAGGAACAGAUUCCUACUUGAAUUAUUUCCAUUCACCUAGCUCCACCAUACAGGGGUUCAUUACAUCAUCUAUGGCCUUGGGUUCAUUCUUUGGUUCCAUCUUCUCCACCUUUGUUUCUGAACCUUUUGGAAGAAGAUUAUCACUCUUGACCUGUUCAUUCUUUUGGAUUGUUGGUGCAGCCAUUCAAUCGUCGUCGCAAAAUAGGGCUCAGUUAAUCAUAGGGAGAAUUAUUUCUGGCGUUGGAAUCGGAUUUGGAUCCUCGGUUGCUCCAAUCUAUGGUUCUGAGUUGGCACCUAGAAAGAUUAGAGGUUUGAUUGGUGGUUUCUUCCAAUUUGCUGUCACCUUGGGUAUAUUAAUCAUGUACUUUAUUUCAUACGGAUUGGGCAAAAUCAAUGGUGUUGCCAGUUUCAGAAUUGCUUGGGCUUUACAGAUUGUUCCUGGUUUAUGUUUGUUUUUGGGUUGCUUCAUCAUCCCCGAGUCACCACGUUGGUUGGCUAAACAAGGUAAAUGGGAACAAGCUGAAUUUAUUGUUUCCAAAAUCCAAGCCCACGGAAACAGAGAAGACCCAGAGGUUUUGAUUGAAAUUUCGGAAAUCAAGGAUCAAUUGUUGAUUGAAGAGGCAGCCAAGAAUGUUGGAUAUGCAACCUUGUUUAGAAAGAAGUACAUUAUGAGAACUUUUACUGCUGUUUUUGCUCAAAUUUGGCAACAAUUGACUGGUAUGAAUGUUAUGAUGUAUUACAUUGUCUAUAUAUUCCAAAUGGCUGGUAAAUCAGGCAACGCCAACUUGGUUGCUUCAUCAAUCCAGUACGUAUUGAACGUGGUGUGUACUAUUCCGGGGCUAUUUGUGUUGGACAAGAUCGGAAGAAGGCCAUUGUUGAUUGGCAGUGCAUUAAUGAUGGCUGCUUGGCAAUUUGGAUUGGCCGGUAUCUUGGCAACUUAUGCUGUCCCAUGGACCGAUUCACCUAGCGACUCUGUCACUAUCAAGAUUCCAAAAACACAUAUACCCGCUUCUAAUGGUGCUAUUGCUUGCUCAUACUUGUUUGUGUGUGCGUAUGCAUUUACGUGGGGUGUUGGUAUCUGGGUCUACUGUUCGGAAAUCUGGGGUGACAACAGAAUUUCUCAAAGAGGUAAUGCUGUCUCUACUGCUGCCAAUUGGAUAAUGAAUUUCGCCAUUGCUAUGUACACACCAUCUGGUUUUAAGAAUAUUGAUUGGAGGACUUAUAUUAUUUACGGUGUGUUUUGUGUGGCCAUGGCUACUCACGUAUUUUUCGGAUUCCCAGAAACAAGAGGUAAGAGAUUGGAAGAAAUUGGACAAAUGUGGGAUGAGAAAGUGCCAGCUUGGAGAUCAGCUUCGUGGCAACCAACCGUUCCAUUGGUAUCUGAUGCCGAAUUAGCAAGAAAGUUGAGUGUUGAACACAACGAAGAGAAGAUGUUUGAAGAGGAUUCCAACACUGAUGAUGAAAGGAGAUAG